AUGGCUGCUCUCACUGGAAAGGUUGCCAUAAUCACCGGUGGCUCUAAUGGUAUUGGCAAGGCGACAGCUCUUCGUCUUGCGCGCGAUGGUGCCAAGGUGGUUAUCCAGUAUCGCUCCAAUGAGCAAAGCGCCCAGGAGGUGGUGAGCCAAAUUGGAGAGCAGAACGCCCUGGCUAUCAAGGGAAAUGCCAGUUGUGUGCUCAACAGCGAGGAGCUGAUCCGUCGUACAGUGGAGAAGUUUGGUCAAAUUGACAUUGUCAUUGCCAACGCCGGUUCCUUGCCCCUCCAUGACCUGGCAAACACCUCGGAGCAAGACUUCAACGACAGUAUUGAUCUGAAUGUGAAGGGACCCUACUUUUUGGUUCAGGUACGACAUGCAGAUUGCAGACAACCCACCUGCAGAAGAUACAAAAAAAAGUUCUUUGCUGCUGAUGGUUGA